AUGCCGCAAUUACUUCAUCAUCAUCACCAUCCCUUAUCACCACCCUUAUCAUCAGCUGAACCAGUACCACCUAUUCCACCUCGUCUUCAUUCACGUCCAUCAUCUAAACAACAUCAAUCACAAUCAAUUUUAAUUGCAGCUAAUCAACAGAUUAAUAACAAUAAUAAUAAUAAUAAUAAUUUUUUUCGACUUGAUGAUUUACCAUCACCUGAUCGUGAAUGGCAAUUACUAGAAAAUAUAGGUGAUGGUACUUAUGGCGAAGCAAAAAAUAUUCGAAAUCCAGAUUUCAGUGCUGCUGUAAAAAUUAUGCAUCCAACUAAUGAAGUUCUUGAAGAAAUUGAACAAGAACAUCGUGUUCUUCUUGAACUUUCUAAUCAUGAAAAUAUUUGUCGUUUCUAUGGUGCAUAUUUAAAACGUACUCCACCUCCUCCACCACCACCACCUCGUAAUCCAAUUACAUCACCACUAGCACCUAUCGAUACAACUAGUCUUCUUUCAAUUGAAACUAAAUCUAUCAGUAGUCUUGUCAGUCCAAAUUCAAUAUCUUUACCAUUACCACUUGAUCAGCUAUGGUUAGUUAUGGAAUUAUGUACUAGUGGUAGUGUUACUGAUUUAGCAAAAGCAAUGUUAAAAGCAAAUCAACGUCUUGAUGAAGCAAUUAUUGCUUAUAUCCUACGUGAAACAUUGAAAGCUUUAUACCAUCUUCAUUCAAAUAAUGUUAUUCAUCGUGAUGUUAAAGGUCAUAAUAUAUUAAUAACAGGUGAUGGUCAUAUUAAAUUAAUUGAUUUUGGUGUCAGCGCAUAUUUAAAUCCAAAUAAUGGAAGACGUAAUACUUCUGUUGGUACACCAUUUUUUAUGGCACCAGAAGUCAUUGCUUGUGAAAGACAAAUGGAUUAUGAUUAUGAUACACGUGCUGAUGUUUGGUCAACAGGAAUUACUGCUAUUGAAAUAGCUGAAGGUGAACCUCCACUUGCUGAUAUGCAUCCAAUGCGUGCACUUGUAUCUAUUCCUCGAAAUCCUCCACCCUGUUUACGUCAAUCACAAGACUGGUCAAAUGAAUUUAAUGAUUUUAUUCGUCAAUCUUUAAUAAAAGAUUUUGAAGCAAGACCUUCUGUUGCACAAAUGUUAGUUCAUCCAUUUAUAACACAUAUACCACCUGAUGGUAUUGAAGUUCGUCGACGUAUUAUACAAAUUAUUCAUCGUUAUAAACGAUGUUAUGAUUUAUCUGGUAAAAAAUCUCGUGAAACAUGUGGUGUUAAAAAUGGACGUAUCCGAGGUAAAUCAGAAACAUGCUCAUCAGCAGCUAUUGAUGCGUCAAAAGCAGCUAUAACAUCCUAUUCACCGACGACUGAAGCAUUAGUUCCACCGCCAAAACGAAUUAUACAAGUCAUAGGAAAACCAUAUAAUCCACCACAUCAGAUUGUAGAAAAUCAUAAACGAGCAGCACCUCCACCACCAUUUGCUAUUGAAAAUGGACUUUAUCAGAACGAUGCAAAUGCACGAAUACAACAACAACCACCGCCACAACAAACUCAAGGUUAUAAAACUAAACGAAAAUCACCAUCAAAACGACAACAAAAACAAAUAAAUGAACAAAAUGGAAAUCAUUCUCCGUUAAUAAAAAAACAACCUAUUGCUCCACCAAUAAAUGAUGGUAUGCCUGUUUGUCAUCCAUCUUUAGCAAAAAAAUUAAACAAUGCAAAUUUUUAUAAUUCAACAUAUGAUUCAACUUAUGCAAUUGAUUCAUCAUCUAUAACAAAUGAUUCUCCAUUAAACCCACAACAACAAAUAAAUUCAUUUUCAACUGAUGAUUUAGCACAAUUAGAAACAUUCGAUGAGCAAUCAAUAAUUACUUAUAUGUAUGAUCGAUUUUUAGCUAAUCAAAUUUAUACUUAUAUUGGUGAUAUACUUGUUGCUGUUAAUCCAUUUCGUUCAUUACAAAUCUAUGGUAAAGAUGUAAUGAUGCGUUAUCGUUCAAGUGUUAAAAGUGAACAACCUCCACAUAUUUAUGCAUUAGCCGAUUUUACUUAUCAAGCUAUGUUACAUGAUUUAGAAAAUCAAUAUAUUGUUAUAUCAGGUGAAAGUGGUUCAGGUAAAACUCAAUCAGCUAAUUUUCUUGUUAAACAAUUAACAUUUCUUGGUAAUGCACCAAAUAAAAGUUUACAAGAAAAAAUUCUUCAAAUAAAUCCAUUAAUCGAAGGUUUUGGUAAUGCACGAACAAUAAUUAAUGAUAAUUCAUCACGUUUUGGAAAAUAUCUUGAAAUGUUAUUUACAAAACAAGGACGUGUUACAGGUGCACGUUUAUCGGAAUAUUUAUUAGAAAAAACUCGUGUUGUUAAUCAAGGACGUGCCGAAAGAAAUUUUCAUAUAUUUUAUUAUUUAUUUCAUGGUUUAGCAUCAUCAUUGCCAAAUGAUGAAAAAUCAUUUUAUUUAUCAACAAAUCAAACAUAUCAUUAUUUGACAACUGGUUUACAAGAUGAUCAUGAUUUAUCUGAAAGUUUUAAAUCAAAAUUUUCUACAAUUGAAAAAUGUUUUGAAAUUAUUGGUUUUCAACAAAAUGAAGUUAAAUCUAUAUAUAGAAUAUUAGCAGGUCUUUUACAUUUAGGUAAUAUAAGUUUUCAUCAAAAUGAAGGACAUUUUAUUGAUGGUAAAACAUGUUUAACUGAUCGAUAUUUACUUCAAAUUGUUUGUGAAUUAUUUGGUAUUGAUAUUGCUGAAUUUGAUUUAGCAUUAACAACAUGUAAUAUUGUUACACGUGGAGAAACUAUUCAACGUUCAACAACAUUACAAGAAUCACAAUCAACUAGAGAUGCGAUGGCUAAAGCUCUUUAUAAUCGUUUAUUUUCUUGGAUUGUCAAUCGAAUAUCAGCACUUCUUGCGCCAACAAAAGAUAGUUUAAAUCCAACGACUGAUGAUGAAUCAAGUAUACAUUCUGUUCAAAAUUAUAAUACCAACAAUAAUAAUAAUAAUAGCAAUCAAGAUGAUGAAAGUGAAAAUGAAGCAGACGAAGAAGAAAACAAUUGUUCAAAUCCUAUGAUAAUUACAUCAUACGCACCGCAAACAAUUAUGUAUGGAAUGAAACGUACAUUUGAUUGUUUUGAUAUAAUACAGACACCUCCAUUUAUAAUUCAAAACGAAACAGAAGAUAUUGAUGUUGAUGACGAUGAUGAUGAAUUUUUAAAUAAAAAUAAUAAUAAUAAUACAAGUAGUGUACCAUCACCAACAAAUCAUCCAGUUAAUAAUCAUCAAUCAACAGUUUCAAUUAAUGAUUUAAAUAAUAAUAAUAAUAAUAAUAACAAUAAUAAUAUUUCAUCAUCUAGUGAUAAACCAAUAAAAAAUCUGAUUGAAAGUUGGUCUAAAGUUGUUGCAGCAUCAUCAUCACCCUCAAAUUGGGUGAAAAUAGGUGAACAAAAAACAAAUAAUAAUGUUUUUUCAAAUAAAAUUAUUCAAUCACAUCAUUCACGUUUUAAUCUAUCAAAUCGUGCAACAAGUGAAACAAAUUUAGCAUUAAGAAAAAAAACUGUUGAAAAUAAUGUUAAAAAACAUUAUCAAUCAUCGAAUAAUCUUUGUAUUAAUACAAAACAAUCAUCAUCAUCAUCACCAUUAUUAUUACCUAUUCGUUCAACAAAUAAACAAGAUAUAUUAACAAAAAAUCAUAUAAAUGGUACAGCAAUACAUUCCGAUAAUCAAAAUUCUACUGAACAAAAUACACCGAAUAAUUAUGAUGCACUUAAAAUAGCUAUUUUAGAUAUAUUUGGUUUUGAAAAUUUUUCAACAAAUACUUUCGAACAAUUAUGUAUUAAUAUAGCCAAUGAACAAAUUCAAUAUUAUUUUAAUCAACAUGUUUUUGCAUGUGAAAGACAAGAAUAUAUUAAUGAAAAUUUAUCUGUUUUACCAUUACCAGCUAAAAUGGAUUUUACAUUUUAUGAUAAUCGACCAUUACUUGAUAUGUUUCUUAAUAAACCAGUUGGUAUAUUAGCAUUAAUUGAUGAGGAAAGUCGUUUUCCAAAAGCAAGUGAUUAUACAUUAGUAGAUAAAUUAAAUGCAAAUUAUUCGAAUUCACCAUUGUAUAUUCGUUCAAAAUCAAGUUUUUCUUCGAAUUCUCAACAUUCAUUAUCUUCAUCAUCAUCAACACUUCAAUCGAUUCCAUCAUUUUCCAUAAUGCAUUUCAAUGGUCUAGUUCAAUAUGAUGCACGUGGUUUUCUUGAAAAAAAUCGUGAUUAUUUAGCACCAGAAAUAAUUCAAGUUUUACGUUCAUCACAUGUUCAACUUGUUAGUUCAUUAUUUCAAUCACCUUUAACUAAAACUGGUACAUUACAAGAAAAUGAUAAUCAACGUUAUAAUUCAUCAUCCAUUGAACCUAUAACAAAUAAUUUCGAUAUAAAUAAUACAUUAAUGCCAUUAAAUGCCAGUCAUAAUCGUGUACAAGCAACAGUCAGUACUUAUUUUCGUUAUUCAUUAACUGAUCUUUUUUCAAAAAUGGUUCAUGGUUCACCGAAAUUUGUUCGUUGUUUUAAACCAAAUAAUGAUCGUGUACCAGGCUGUUUUGAUGCACCAACUGUUCUUGAACAAUUAAAAUAUAGUGGAAUAUUAGCUGCGGCUAAAAUUCGUCGGUAUGGAUUUUCGCAUCGAAUACCAUUCGCAAAUUUUAUUCAACGUUAUUCUAUUCUUGCUUAUCCAAUUACUGUGGAUUUACCAUUGACACGUGAAACAUGUGAAAAUAUUUUACAUAAAUUAAAAAUGCAGAAUUGGACUACAGGUAAAAGUAAAGUAUUUUUGAAAUAUUAUCAUGCUGAACAAUUAACACGUCUUUAUUCUGAUAUGAUGCGUGCUAUAAUAACCAUACAAUCCUAUGUUCGAAUGCGUUUUAUACGUUCACGUUAUAAACAACGUCAAUAUAAACAUUCAAAUGAUAUGAUUAUACAAGAACUCCAUCGACAUCCGAAAUUUUCUCGAUCAAAUGCUGAUGAUGAACAAAUAAGAAAAGAAAAAGCUGUCGUUUGUAUUCAAUCGUGUUUACGUGGUUAUUUACAACGUUAUAUUAUGAAACGAAAAAAUAAGAAAAAAUUAAUAUCACCAUCGAAUUUUGAUAUAGCAGCAACGAUAAUUCAAAAAUGUUAUCGUGGUUUUAUUGUAAGAAAAGCAUUUUUUCUCUAUCAACAACGUCUUAGUACACAAAUACUUUGUUUUUUACAACAAAUUGAAUUAAUUAGUAAUGAUUUUUUUACAAAAAUUGUUAAAACAAAUUAUUGUGCUCCAUUUAAAUCUAUCGAUUGUCUACCAAUCAAUAGUUUUCAUAAUAAUAAAUAUGUACAAAAAUUUUCUCAAUAUUUAUUUCCACCACCACCACCAUUACCAUUACCAUCAUCAUUUAUAAUAUCAUCACCGCCACUACCACCACCACAUGAACCUACAUCAAUAAAACCAUCAAUGAUAACAUCAUCAAUUCCACUUCCACCACCACCACCUGCUUUAUUUCUUGCUUCAAGAUCAUCACCACGAUCUCGACAUCAACCAAUCAUAACAAAUCAAUCCAAUCGAUCUCCAUCACCAUUAUCAUCAUCAUCGAUCUCAAAAUUUGCUCAAGUUAGAGAUAUAUUUGCUCGUGCUGAAGCAGCAUCAGCUAAUUCACAUCACUAUCAUCAUCAUCAUCAUAUUCCAUUAAAAAAUCCUAUUCAAACUCAACAUUUAUCUUCAAAUAACACUACAACACAUCAAGUUCUAUCUAUUGACCAAACUCGUAGUCCUAAACCAGUAACUGUUUUAGAUGCUGUACAAGAAUAUCAAAAACAACAUCUUAAUAAUCAUCAACCAGGUUAUAAACGUUUCGGACAUUUAGGCGGAGGUGGAGGUAUUCUUAAUAAUCGUCCAUUAAAUUUCAACGGAAAUAAUUAUUUAAAACCUCGUGGUAUUGCAUCAUUUAUUUCAAAUAAUAAUAAUAAACCUUUAUUACAAAAAAAACAAACACCACCAGCAAUAAUACCAAGUUAUAUUUUAUCAUCACCUAAACAACAUCAACAACCAUUAAAACCAAUUACACGAGAAUCAUCGAUGUCAACUCAACCCAAAUAUGCAUUUCAUGUUUUACUCCGUAAAACUGGUCAAGAUUUAAGUACAGGACAAACAUUAUCAAAACGUCGAGUAAUAAAUGAAACGAAACAAAUUGAUUUUCGUAGUGUACUUAAAUCUCGACAUACAUUGAAUGGUGGUAGUGAUAAUGAAUUAAUCAUUAAAUCGAACAGUGCAUUACAACAAACAACUAGUGAUAGUCGAAUGAGAAUGAAUGAUUUAAAAAAACAGAAAGUAAGAGAUCAAACAGCUGGAUAUACAUCUCGUACGAUUAGAUGUCAAGAUUUUCGAUCACCAUUUGGUGCACUUACUGAUUGUAGUAAUCGAACACGAUAUAAUUGUUCCGAUGAACAACGUCUUUUAUAUUUUUUAUUAAAAAACUAUUCCAAUAAUGUUCGGCCAGUACGUAAUGCUAGUUUACCAGUACCAGUUAAACUUGGUUUAACACUUACACAAAUAUUUGAUAUGAUGGAAAAAAAUCAAAUAUUAGUAAGUAAUGUAUGGCUCGAUCAAGAAUGGCGUGAUGAAUUUUUACAAUGGAAUCCGGAUGAUUUCAAUGGAAUUCGUCGUCUUAAUCUUCCAUCUAAACUCAUUUGGUUACCAGAUAUUGUUCUAUAUAAUAAUGCUGAUGAAUUUUCUAAUAGUAAUAUGAUGCAAGCAAAUGCAAUGAUUGAUUUUGAUGGUAGUGUAUUUUGGCCAAUACCAACACGAUUGAAGAGUACAUGUCAAAUUGAUGUAACAUAUUUUCCUUAUGAUGAACAAGAAUGUAGACUUAAAUUUGGUAGUUGGACUUAUAAUGGAUUUCAAGUUUCAAUUGCAGAACGUAAUGAUGCUAUUGAAUUAUCGAAUUAUGUUCCAAAUGGUGAAUGGGAUUUAUUGGAUACAUCAUAUCAAGUUAAUAUUGUUCGAUAUCCAUGUUGUCCAGAACCAUUUCCGGAUAUAACAUUUUUUGUUCGUAUACGACGACGUAUUUUAUAUUAUUUAUAUUCAGUUGUUUUUCCAUGUGUUAUGUUAUCCGUAUUAACUUUACUUGUUUUUUGUUUACCACCUGAAUCCGGUGAAAAAAUUGCUCUUGGUAUAACUGUGUUACUUGCAUUUAGUGUUUUCAUGUUAGCUAUUGCUGAAAGUAUGCCAGAAACAAGUGAAUAUAUUCCAUUAAUUGGUUUAUAUUUAACAACAGUUAUGUCUGUAACAAGUAUAUCGGUUAUGAUGACUGUACUUGUUCUUAAUCUUCAUUAUCGUGGUCCAAAAAAAAAUGAAGUACCAUUUUGGUUACAACAAUUAUUAAGCUUAUCGUUAGUUAAUGUUGUUCGUUCAUUUCCUAAAACAAAAAAAUUUAAAUUACCAUGUAUAAGUAAAGAAUCAACAAAGAAGAAGAACAGUGUUCAUAAUACAAGUAGCAGUCAACAAUUAUGUAAUCUUACACCUGCUAAUGGAAUUAAACCAUCUUAUAUGAGUAUUAAUGAAACGAGAUCAAAACCAAGAACAGCAACAAUAACAACAGAUCUGAAUACAAUUCAAAUAGAUACAUUGAGUUCACAAGAAUCCGAACAAAAACCAAAACGUAAACGUUUAUCACGUUCAAAUCGUCAAGAACUUUCUAUGAAACAUCGAUCAACAUCUCGUUCAACUUCAACAGGAACAGUUCAAGAUGAAAUUCAAGAUACUUUACAUACUUUAUUACGUACACAAAAACAACUUGAACGUGAUCAAAAAAUAACAAAUGAUUGGCGUGCUAUUGCGACAAAAGUUGAUAAAAUCUUAUUUUAUUUUUUUCUUCUAUUGACAGUUGUAUCUACAUUACUUUUUCUUGUUGCUGCACCAUUCAUUCGAACGCGUGCACAGCAUAAAACAAAACUUUGGCGUGGAACGCGUCGGCCUUAA